CCAGGACCGGAGCCUGUGGCCUGAAGCUGCCCUGUUCCCAGCUUCCUGUGGGAAGGCUCAUGACUCACCUUGGUCCAGCUGGGCCUGCCCAGGAGACGAUACAAGUAUGGAGCUGGGAUGGCUGAGCACACACAACUACAGCGGCAAUGUCUCAGUGGAGAGACAGAGAAAGCCUGAGAGCCACACACGGGAAGACCCAGGCCAGAGACACCGAGCAAGACCAAGGAAGCCAGGGACAGCCUCGAGGGCUCACCCGAAUCCCCAGAUCCUCACAGACCCCAGAGAGCAGCAUGAAGCCUGCUGGGGGCCGCCUGCUCCUGCUGCUGCUGCUGCUGGCCGCGGUGCUGACGGGAACCCGCGCUGCUCCUGUGCCCAGGCCGACCAGGCUCCCACCAGAUGCAAAGGACUGUCACAUAGCCCGGUUCAAGUCUCUGUCCCCUCAAGAGCGGGAGGCAUUCCUGAAGGCCACGGAUGCCAUAGAAAAGUGGCUGCUCAACAAGGAUGUCAGGUGCAGCUCCCGCCUCUUCCCCAAGGCCUGGGACCUGAAGCUGCUGCAGGUCCACGAGCGCCCCAAGGCCUUGGAGGCUGAGCUGCACCUGACACUGCAGGUCCUGGAGAACGUGACUGACUCUGCUUUGUACCCCAUCCUGGAGCAGACUCUUCACACCCUGACACACAUCACUAGCCACCGCCUCUCCCGCUGGCUGCACCGGCUCCGGGAGGCCCAGGAGAAGGAGACCCCGGGCUGCCUGGAAAUCUCUGUCACUUCCAACCUCUUUCGCAUGCUCCUCCGGGACCUGCCGUGUGUGGCCCGUGGAGACCAGUGUGCCUGACUUUGGACUCUCCUGCCAGCUGCUGGAAUUCUUCCGUGUGCGGACUCACCAAGCCCCUGCCUUAAUUUAUAGCCACUCAUGACUUUUUAAAAAGUAUUUAUUGUGUGUGGGUCCUCAGACUCCACAAAAUGUCUAUUUUUCUACUUUUGGAAGCAUUUUAUAAAUACAGAGUGAGAAAAGA